GUGGUUGUGCUGAGCUCAGCAUCCCGGUUCGGUUUCACCACGACAGGAGGAGUCGACUUACGGCACCCCGCGUCACACACGUCGCUCAGCAGAAGCAGCUGCACGAAGCGUUCGGCCGCUGCAGACGUGCCGGGGAUCAACAGACCGACCGCGGACUGGUAAAUCAAUGGAACACGCGCAACGUCAUGAAGGAGUUUGACAGUGUGGGCGGUGAGAGAGAUGACAAUUGUGAAGAAAGUGAAGAAUGUGAAGAGCAGGCUCCAAUAAGGCGUAGCUUCUCGGUGGAAGACCUCCUCCACGAGGUGGAGAAGAUCUGCUACGAUGCCUCUGGGACAUCGAAGGUGGAGAUGGUGGUGAGGCUGUGGAAGGACGGCUUCACCGUCAACGAUCAGGAGUUCCGCAGCUACUCCGUUCCCGAGAAUCAAGACUUCCUGGACUCCAUCAAAAGGGGGGAGCUUCCGAAGGAGUGGGAGAGCCGAGCGGAGGAGGAGGAGCUGGAGAUCAGUGUGGAGGAUCUGACGGAGGAGAACUACGUUCCCAGGCGAAAGGCCUUUCACCCCUUCAGCGGCCAAGGGUACCGACUUGGCAGUGUCGCCCCCAGAGUGGUGGCCAGGUCACCGUCUGUGCAUGAGGAUGGAGAAUCUCCUCCUAUUCCCAUGGUAACACUAGACCACGCCCUUCCUGUUACCUCCCUGCAGAUCUGGUUGGCUGACGGCAGGAGAUUGGUGCAGAGGUUUAACCUAUCCCAUAGGAUCGCGGAUGUUCAGGACUUCGUGGCGCGCUGCCAGAGGAGCUGCCCCCCCUUUGUCCUGACCACGUCGGUUCCUUUCCGGGAACUCAACGACAAGGAAUUGAGCCUGGGGGAGGCCGACCUGGCCAACGCCGUCAUCGUCCAGAGACCCCUGGACACACCGGCUCCGUUUGGACACUCCUGACUAAAGGGGACCCCCCGCCCGCCCGCCUUCCCCACCCCAUAAUACACACAACACACCACUCACACGCUCACUGACACCUCACCAAGAACCCCGAUAGCAGCCUCACGCCCCCCCCCCAUCUGUCUCUAUUCUAAAGUUUGCGCUGCAUGUUAACGUUGUCCUGUUAAAAUCUGGUGGGAUUAUUGUUGUUGGUUUUUUGUCUCAGGGCCUUUGUUGUCUUCCCCCGAUGGAGGACGUUGUUCGUCUCCCAAAAGCCCCAAAUCAAAGUGGGGCAAACGAAUGGCGCCCGGGCAGAUGUGGUGGUCUACCGCAUGACGCCCCCCCUCACACAGACACACACACACACACCUUCACUACCAACACCACCGACCACCUCUCUUACGUCUUCCCAAACUGUGAUCACCAGUUUUUUCUGCACUAUUUAAAAUAAGUUCAAAUAAAUGAACUAUUAAGUGGCUGAUAUUUCCAUUUGUUUCGCUGUGUUUACAAUUGUAUUGAACGUACUUGUGUUUGCACAUCAUUAUGUUUUAUGUUGUAACAGCUUGUCACUGUUAUUUGUGUUUGUGCCUGACUGUUAAAUACCCAAGAACAAUGUAUUGUUUUAUUUCACUGCAUCCUUUCAAACCAUAUCAAGUGUCCUCGAAAGUUCAGAGAAUCCGUAGUUAUUUAAGAUUUCACUCCGAGGGGGUUAAUUUCCCCGCUUUUUCUUUCCUGAACGAGGCCUCUCGUGCUUCGCGCCAUGCGUGCGCCUGCGUCUCCGUCCGCCCGGCCUCGGGAAGAAGGCGAACGCCAUUAUCCACCUUCAAUAUUUAAAGCCACUCGAGGGACGGCAGUGCAGAACAGAAGCGCGUUUGUAUCCGCUGGUGGAGAGGACAGCCGGUGAAGGUCAUGGGAGGAGAUGCCUGGAAUAAUCCCCUCUGAAGAAUUAUCUUUGAAAGAGGCCACAUUGGAGGGUUUCGACCUGAACGUGCAGGCUGCGGCAUCACCUGGUUCGCUGCCAGAGGCGGUCUGGCUAAAGAGUAAAAGAGAGCACAUUUCCUUUCUGCUACAUAUUUAAUAAGGCUAAGCAUGCAGGGAAUUACUUUCCCUUUAACUCCCACAUUUCCUUUCAGAAGGACCCUUUUACUCACGCAGCAGCCAACGUUUUUCAUUUUGCACAUUCCUCUUCACGCAUUAUGGGAAACAUGCUGUUUUAAUGCAGGUCAUAUGCCGGACCUUUACCGCGGCGGCGCCGCUUUCAUUGUUGAUAAUGUGGUUUUUGGUUGAGGGGUUUGCAUGCUUGGGAUCCACAAGCCGAGGUCUGACAUGUUUGUUGUCGAGCUCUGAGGGAAGAUUACUGUGGAGAGUAAGCGACUCGCACCAAAUGGAGCCGCUUAUGAAGGUAUUUUGUGGGGAAAAUGAAAGGUUCUCAGUAGAUAGUAAGUGAACAGUCGAUGAAGCAUGCCUCAGAAAAAUAUUAAUACAAGAAUGUGUGGUACUGCAUCUCCUUCUCCAACCGAUAAGUGUUCGUAGGAAAAGCUUCCUGUCCACUCAGAGUUAGAUGGAAUAUUUUACUAUAAUAAAAUAAACCUUACAAUGUCA